UCUCCUGGCCUCCGUAUAGGCAGGAAGGCAUGAUUCCGUCGCACUGGCAUCCCUGAAAACGCUGGCGUUGAUUGGGCAAUACAAAUGUCUAGUCAUUCGGUGAGUCCCCAGUGCUCUCACUGACACUCGCACUGUAGUUCAAUGGAGGAACGGCCCAACGAAGGGACGCUCGGGAGAUAUUCUAAUCAUGGAGAAGCGGAAAGCAACCCUGAUCGAUUGAACAAAUUGGUGAAUAAUGAUCAGUGCCACUGCCAGCACCAGGACGAGGAAACGUCGACGAAGAAAACUGGUUAUGGAAAAGUAAACGGAGUCAUUAGGGAGGGAGAGGAGAUUGCCACUGCCUUGAAUCCAGACAGCAUCCAUAUACACAGUGGCCAUGACGACAGACGCCCCUUAGAGCACCCCCUGAAAUCCAGACCUUCCUCAAAGACGGCUGCUUUCCACGGGGCAGUGGAACGUAGAGGAGGAGAAGGAGGUAGCAGUGGUGACACUAAAAGCAACAUGGACUGCCCGAAUGACCGCCCACCUGACCUUAAGACACUGGAGGGUAAGAAGGAGGCUCUAGUGUCACUCAACGGCAUUGUGGCCUCUGGUGCCAGUUCUAGCCCACUUUCCAAUGGUUAUCCUGGGAAGCCAGGGACACUGACGGACAACGACGGCAGCGGAUCUGAGAACGGCUACACUACACCUAAGAAGCGUCGGAACGGUCAGCGCAGUGCGAAAGCUGCGGCUGGGGACAUUGUGAUUGUGGCGCAGACGGCAAAGGCCAUGCAUUCAGCGCCCGCAGGCAAGCAGCAGCCGGAGCCGCCUCCAUCUGCCGAGCCUGCCGACAAACACCCAUCCUCGGGGGUGCACGGCAACGGCAGGAUUCGAGAAGCACCAGUCGCCCCCUCCGCUCCUGCCCUUCCCCCAGGCGAGUUUCCGCGGAAGAACUCGGAAGGCAAGGCGGCUGGUAAAAAAUUUGAGGAGCGACCCGUCAAAGCCAAGGCGGCCACGGCUGCCGCUUCUGCUGCGGCUAAAGACGACUCGUGGACACUGUUCAAGCCACCGCCCGUCUUUCCCGUGGACAACAGCAGCGCUAAGAUAGUGCCUAAGAUUAGUUAUGCAAGCAAAGUGAAGGAGAACCUCAACAGGGCUACGGCCCAAGCAUGUUCUGCAGCUGAAAGGGACCCACUCCUUCUGCCUGCCGCCCCGCAGAUGCCAGGCAAACUCUCGCAGGUGCCCAUGUCUGCUGUGAAGACCAUCACCUCGACCAGCUUUACCAAUGGGCCUCUACCCUCAGCAGAGGGCGGCAACAAUGGCUGCCCCUUGCCUGGUGCUCCCUUUAACACCCCAGCUGCUUCUGGUACUGCGUCCAUGCUGGUCUCCCCCAUCCAGGGAGGUGAGAAUGUAGCAUCCCCCCUGUCCUCGUCUGCCAUCCCCGGCAUGGGCGGCACGCCUGUGGUGGCGGAGCCCCGGAAGCCCAGCCUGUUUGUUUACCCGCAUGCGGCCGGACCCCUGUCUAAUAUGCAACUGUCGCUCCCCAGCGGCCGCCAAGCUGACCCGCCGCCCCCAUCCUCCUCUCUCCUCCGUUGCGGCAGGGUCUGCAUCUAACCCGGCCUCCACUGCGCCGGCUCACCAGAAGUCACUGGGGGAGAUCUUUCAGAACCAGUGGGGCUGUCUUUCAUCAACGAGCCCAGCGCUGGACCUGACAGCGGGAGCAGCACUGGUGGUGGGGACGCCGUCAUCCGGACAGAGGGUAGGGCAGGCCACGGUGGUGACCUU